UUGUUCCCUUCCAAUAACAUGGCAGCUAGAGUGGAGGAGCUGGAGGACAGCAUCGCGGAGGUCUACCAGCACAGCAAGGUCAACCGCAAAGAGAUGGGAAGACUGGAAGGCUGUCAGAAGGGACACAGGUUGGGAUACAAAUGCUAUCUCGUGUACAAUAGCCUCGAGGACUACGCCUCAGCUUCCAGAAAGUGCCAGGAGCGCGGCGGCCGCAUGGCGAUGCCCCGAGACCGAAAGGAGCAGGAAGCCCUCGCCGACUACGUGAAGUCCUUCUUCCACCCGGGGAACUGGCCCGUGUGGCUGGGCAUCAACGACCUGCGAUCUGACGGCCUGUACGUGUUCGAUGAUGGGUCGAGGGUCUCGUAUUUCCAAUGGCGGAGACACUUCCUGUCCAGCCAGCCGGACGGAGGGAGGCGGGAAAACUGUGUGGCGAUGUCCUCGGACGACGGCGACUGGUGGGACCAUUACUGCGAUCGCACCAUGAACUAUAUGUGCGAGUUUGAUAACAGGGAGGCACUUUAAAAUGAACUCUCUUCAAGAUUUAAAGGUCACCUGUUAUGCAAAAUCCACUUGUCCAUGUCUCUUCUACAUAAACAUGUGUC